ACCUUUUCAUUGCUGUGUGUUUCAAAGGGAAAUACGGGUUCUCGUAAUUUUUAUGCACACUUUGUCGUUCUUUACCUUGCGUGCCCUAUUUCGUGUCGUCUUGAAGGGGACAGACCCCACUCUGUCACAAUGGGGGCCUACAAGUAUAUGCAAGAGCUCUACCGCAAGAAGCAGUCGGACGUGAUGCGCUUUCUGGCCCGCAUCCGGACAUGGAACCUGCGGCAGCUGUCAGCGGUUCACCGCGCCUCCCGACCCCUGCGCCCAGACAAGGCCCGGAGGAUGGGAUACCGGGCUAAACAAGGAUAUGUCAUCUACCGUGUGCGUGUGAGACGUGGCGGUCGCAAGAGGCCAGUACCGAAGGGUGCCACCUACGGCAAGCCCACCAACCAGGGCGUCAACCAGCUGAAGUUCCAGCGCAGCCUGCAGUCAGUAGCCGAGGAACGGGCGGGCCGGCGUUGCGGCGCCCUCCGAGUCCUGAACAGCUACUGGAUCGGCGAGGACUCCACCUACAAGUACUUCGAGAUCAUCAUGAUCGACCCGUUCCACAACGCCAUCCGUCGCAACCCGGACACCAGGUGGAUCUGCAACCCCGUCCACAAGCACCGGGAGCUGCGCGGCCUGACCUCGGCGGGUAAGAAAAGCCGCGGUCUGGGCAAGGGUCAUCUGUACAAGCAGACGAUCGGCGGGUCGCGCCGCGCCGCUUGGAAGCGACGCAACACCCUCUCCCUCAAGCGCUACCGUUAAAGCUUCACGAGGAGUGAACGGCUGGGAAGAUAUCGUCACACUUGUGCACCGGUUCCAGGAUAAAAUUACGGAUGGUUUUUUGGGGAUUUUAGCAGGAAGCCUGUCUUUGUGCUUCUACGACUUAAAGGUUGCUUGUUAUUUGCAAAAGAAAUGAGCGGUACCUUUGACUACAGAAAAUUAUCCUUUUGGGCCAGCGAGACAGUUUGUGAAAUAAAAAAGUGAAUAGAGCCAACAUUAAAAACACCGUGGAGUGUCGGGAAAAAAAAAUGAUCAGAGAGUGUUUUGUUUUCCGGGAUGACUUCCGUGGUCCCUACUCCAGCACAUAAUAAAACCACUCAAAAAGU